AUGAACAUAGUUAAAAACAAAACCGAUAUAUUUGAAAAAGUCUUAUCACAAGAAUCUAAGAAAUCCAAAGGUAAACACGUAACGGUCACGUUUUUCUCUUCAAAUGUUGAUAAUUUCUCGAUUGAUCGAUAUUUUGUUAAUCAUGAAAAAAAACCGGAAAUUUGA